AUGCCGUCACCGAAUUUGCGAUAUGCAAUUGCUCAAUAUAGCUUCGAUGAUACAACAUUUUCGGAGCAACUUCCUACAACAUCACAAGAUAUCAGAAAAUUGGAUCUACUAAUCGGUGAUCGCAUUUGUAUUUGUGGUGAAUUAGAUGGUUGGGGUUUUGGAAGAAAAUUUGAUGAUCCACGUAAUGAAUUUGGUGUUUUCCCAUUGUCAUGCGUUGAAUUUGUUGGACAACCUUUGAUUGUCUCAACAACUGAUGGAAUUCUGGUUGGUGAUGAGAUUGCAAAAGUGGCGAAUGAGUGGUGGACGAAGAUUAAGGAAUUAUUGAUAACAACCACUGAAAUUUAUGGAUUUGAAGAAUUGAUGGAAUCAUUUAACGAAUUGUUUGUUAUUAAACGAAAAAUUGAAAGUGGUGCGGUUUUUUUGAUGACAAAUAUACCAAAUCGACUAUGCUGAUCAUGAUUCCGAAGUCAAAAAUUGCUCUGUGAGCAUUUUUCUGGAGCUCCGGAGUUCGAAUUGAGUUUGUUCACCCUGGAAGGGUGAAUUUUGACCAUUUUUUGAUCAAAAUCCACUGUUUUGGCCGGAUUUUGGCCAAUUUUCGGGCAAAUAAACAAAUUGGUGAAUUUUUGACCAAAAAUUCACCAUUUUUUGGCCAGAUUUUCAACAAAAUUGACCAAAAAGCUCCGAUUUGGCCAAUUUUUGGGCAAUUUAAACGAAUUGGUAAAUUUUUGACUAGAAACUUGCUUUUGGCCAAAAUUUGACCAAUUUUUGAUCAGAAUUCAUUGUUUUUGAAUAAGUUAUCAGAUUUUCUGGUAAACUAAAAACCUGAAAGCCUAUUCAAGUUAUAAAAAUUGAUUUUUCACCCUGGAACAUGCUGGAAAGGACUCGAGCUCCAAAAAUUGCUCACAAGGGUUUUUGACCUCAGAAUCGUGAUCAGCAAGAUCGAUUUGGUAUAUUUUGAUGUGUGGGACCACUUCCCUUUAAAAAAUUCAAAAUUCACCAAAUCGACUUUGCUGAUCACGAUUCCGAUGUCAAAAAUUGUUGAAAAUCCCUUGUGAGCACUUUUCUGGAGCUCCAAAUUUAGAAUUGAGCCCAUUUUCAUCAUGUUCGAGAAAGUUCUUUUUGAAAAAAGUUCAAAAUUUCAGCUUUCAGCGAUUUUUUGGUAAACCAAAAACCUGAUAGCUUAUUCAAGUUGAUUUUUGACCCUGAAACAUGCUGAAAAAGGGCUAGAGCUCCAGAAAAGUAGUUUUUGGCAAUUUUUGACCUCGGAAUCAUGAUCAGCAAGGUCGAUUUGAUAUAUUUUGAUGUGCCGGGACCACUUCCCUUUAAAAAAUUUCAAAAUAUACCAAAUCGACCAUGCUGAUCAUGAUUCCGAAGUCAAAAAUUGCUGAAAAUCCCUGUCAGCACUUUUCUGGGGCUCUAAAUUUUGAAAUGAGCUCAUUUCCAGCAUGUUCUAGGGUGAAAAUCAACUUGAAUAAGCUAUCAGUUCAAAAAAUCGCUGAAAACUGUGAUUUUGAAAGAACUUUUUUUCAAAAUUAAAGUUUUUAGCGAUUUUUUGAUAAACUUGAAAUCUGAUAAGAUUCUCAUGGGUUUCUCACCCUGGAACAUGCUGAAAAAAGGGUUUUCGCCAAUUUUUGACCCCGGAAUCAUGAUCAGCAAGGUCGAUUUGGUAUUAUCGAAAAUCUCCACGCGCUCCACCGAAAUAAACACGCAACGCAGACCGCGUCGCGCCACAGCACACACAAAAAGGGAAGGAAUUUGAAUCGUUUCCUUGUGUUGUGGCGCGACGCGGUCUGCGUUGCGUGUUUACAUUUCGGUGGAGCGCAUACAGUUUAUUAUUUUUUGAGUAGAGACGUGAAAUUGAGAGAGUGCAGACAGAAAAAAAAAGUGAUUUUCAGGCGGAAUCCCAUCCGAAGAAUUGAGCAAACUCCGAAUCCGAGUCGCCAAAUUAAUCGACCGCGGAAACAUGCUUCUCGGUCUAGACGUAAUAAUCCGUGAUGACCGUGGAGCCCCCCUGGACGCCGAUUCUUUGACCCUUCUUCGAAACUACGAGGCACAUAUCACUUCGCAAAAACUGGUGAAUGCAGAAUUUCGCGAUAAAAAUGAGAUUGGCCAUUUUGGCGUGAUGUUAUCGAUAAAAUCCGUCGAAUUACACAGCAAACAUCAAUGUGAAAUCAGUAUCACUUUAUAUGACCUGGAAAAGAAAAUAUUUGCCACUGAUUCGUAUGUAUUUUUGUGGAAUCCGAACACUAAUAGACACGCGGAUUUGAAUUUGAAAGCUUUAUUCGCGGAUUUCAGCCGGGAGGAUAUAAUUAGUGAAAAACGAUAUGUUAUGGUGACAAGAGUUGUGAAUAUUGCGCCAAUUGAGUCGAAUAACGCGACAAUUCGGAAAUAUGGUGGAGAUCAUAUCACACCACAAAGCUAUUUUUGUAGACAAUCCUAUGCGUUUGAUAUUCUUGAAGUCUCAUUUCAAUCGCAGAAUUUUGAGCCAAAAGAGCGUGUGAUUUUUCUGAAUCGAGAUUCUUUGGAUCUAUCAACAGCUUUGAAGGCUUUUAUGAUAACUAAUAGGUUUCCCAAGAAUCUGGGGAAUGAUAUGGAAUCGAAAAUAUUGAUUAGCACGCAAAUGAUUAGUGGGAAUUCUACUGAAGUCAAGGCUAGACAUCCGCAUUUGUUUAGUCGAUCACCGACGGCGAUUUUGAAGCGGGUUGAUCGAAGUUCGAUGGCGAUUGAUGAUCCCAGGAAUGAGCUUUAUGUCACGCUUUUGCAGGGGGAAUUGAGUGGGAAGAGUUCGGAUAGGAAUAUUGAGGCAAGGUUGAAUGUUGUUGAAUCGAAUGGGAAUGUUUUGAGUAAUGUGAGUUUUUUUUUUGCUGGUGGGAGAGAUUUGAAUUUUUGAAUUUCGCGCCUUGAAAAUUUAAGGGGGGAAUUUGAAUUUUCGAACUUCCCGUCUUGAAAAAUAUAGCUCGAAAUUUUGAAAAUUCAAAUUUUUUGCUCAAAUUUUGCAAGUUUUGCUCUUUUUUGCUCAAAAUUUCAAACUUCCCGCUCAAAGUUUUUUUUUCUGGCGGGAGAGAUUUGAAAUUUUGAAUUUGGCGCCUCGAGAAAUUGAGCGGGAAAUUUUAAUUUUAAUUUGAAUUUCAAAUUUCCCGCCUUGAAAAUUUUAGCAGAAAAUUUGAAUUUUUGAAUUUCGCGCCUCCAAAAAUUCAUUUCCCGCUCAAUUUUUCGAGGCGCGAAAUUUAGAUAUUCAAAUUUCCCGCUCAAUUUUUCGAGGCGCGAAAUUUAGAUAUUCAAAUUUUCUGCUAAAUUUCUCGAGGCGGGAAAUUUAAAGAUUCAAAUUUUCUGCUAAAUUUUUCUAGGCGGGAAAUUUGAAAAUUGAAAUUUUCCUCAAAUUUUUCGAGGCGCGAAAUUUGAAAAUUCAAAUUUUCUGCUAAUUUUUUUAUGGCGGGAAUUUUGAAAAUUAAAAUUUUCCGCUCAAUUUUCGAGGCGCGAAAUUUGAAAAUUCAAAUUUUCUGUUGAAAUUUUGCUGGCGGGAAAUUUGAAAAUUCAAAUUUCCCGCUGAAAUUUUGAAGGCGGGAAAUUUGAAAUUUCAAAUUUUCUGCUCAAAUUUUUUAAAAUUAUGCUUUUUUUUUGAAAAUUCAAAUUUCCCGCUGAAAUUUUGAAGGCGGGAAAUUUGAAAUUUCAAAUUUUCCUCUCAAUUUUUGCUGGCGGGAAAUUUGAAAAUUCAAAUUUCGAGAUAAAUUUUGAAGGCGGGAAACUUGAAAAUUCAAAUUUUCCUCUCAAUUUUUCAAGAUCUAAAUCAAAUUUCCCCAAAAUUCCAGAUUUUCGAAACAACAACAGUUUCCGGAACCCAACUCGCCACAAUCUACAAAAGUGUCGUUUUAUAUCACACCGAUAAACCACAAUGGACAGAACCAAUCAAAUUAAUAUUGCCAAAUUCAGCAUCUCACGAUGUUUAUUUAAGGAUUCUAUUUUACUCGAAAAAAUCCUACGACAAAAAUAAAACCGAAAAAGGUCCAUUCGCUUUGGGAUAUAUUCAACUAAUCCAUAAUGCCGGGCUAAUAAGUGAUUCGGAACAUGAAUUAGUUGUUUAUAAAAUCGAGAAUGCGCAGAAUUUCGACGAUGAAACUACGGUUUAUAUGGGACUACCGACGACGAGAAAAACACUGAAGGAUUCGGGAUAUUCGAAACCGCAUGCACCUGGUUUUUCAUUGAGUGAGAAGAGUUUUGUGAUGAUUUCCACAAGAGCAUGCUCCACACAAUUGACGCAAAAUGAGCAUUUAUUGAAUGUGUUGCGAUGGCGAAUGAAUUGUGUGAACCUGCAUCAAUCACUAAGCGAAUUAUCGCAGCCAAUUGGAGAGACUGAAUAUGAAAUGGUCAGAUUUCAAUCGCAUCUUCUUGAUGCGCUUUUUGAGAUUUGGCAUGAUCGAGAGACGAUUGAGAAAUUGGUGUUUGAUGUGAUUGUGGCGGUUUUGAGAUUGUGUGAAGAGCAGAGACAUUUGCAAGCGGCGAGGAUGUUUGAGACGUAUUUGAGGAGAUUCUCGUUUACCACGGCGGCGUUGUGAGUUUUUUUUGGGCUCUCUAGGCGCGGAUCCUUGAAAACCAGGGUCUCUAGGCGCUGUUACUUGAAAAGUACGUUCUCUAGACGCUGUUAUUUGAAAAGUAGGUUCUCUAGGCGCGGAUCCUUGAAAACAAGGUCUCUAGGCUCGCUCACUUGAUUCAGGAGCUCACAAGUCGCGGCUCCUUGCCACACUGGAUCUCUAGAUGUCAGCCCUAGAAAAUUAGGUUUUCUAGGCGUGACUCCUUGAAAACAGGGUCUCUAGGCGCGGCUACUUGAGAACUUGGAUCUUUAGGUGUGAGCCCUAGGAAAUUAGGUUUUCUAGGCGCGGCUACUUGAGAACUAGAAUUUCUAAGCACGGAUCCUUGAAAAUUGUGAGUUUUUUUGGAUUCUGAAAUUUGAAUUUUCAAAUUUCCCGCCAGCAAUAUUAAGCUGGAAAUUUGAAUUUUUAAAUUUCCCGCGAGACAAAAUUAAGCGAAAAAUUUGAAUUUUUUGAAUUUCGCGCCUUCAGCUCAAAUUUUGAAUUUUUAUAUUUGCCGCAAGAAAAAAUUAGGCGGAAAAUUUGAAUUUUUGAAUUUCCCGCAAGAAAAAAUUUAGCCGAAAAUUUGAAUUUUUUGAAUUUUGCGCUUUGAAAAAUUUGAAUUUUCAAAUUUCCCACCAACAAAAUUUCAGCAGAAAAUUUGAAUCUUCGAAAUUCCCACAAGAAAAUUCGAGCGGACAAUUUGAAUUUUUGAAUUUCCCGCCUCGAAAAAUUGAGCUUGAAAUUUGAAAUUUCAAAUUUCCCGCAAUGAAAAUUCUAGCAGAAAAUUUCGAAUUUUUGAAUUUCCCGCCAGAAUCCAAAAUUUUUUCAAAAAGAAUUUUCCCAAUUUUAAGUUUUGGUUUCAAAUUAUUUUUGCCCAGCAUUUUACAAUCAUUGAAAAAAAUCAUAAUAAAUUAUAUCGAAAUUUUGAUACGUAUUUUUUUUGGUUUGAAAAAAGUUAGAAUUUGGAGUCCAAAUUUGUCUCAAAAAAUCGCUGAAAAUGAAAAUUCGAGCUGAAAAACUAGACAAAACGUAUCCCAAUUUUAAAAUAAAAGAUUUCGAGACCUAUAUUUUUUUCCAGAAAAAUCCUAAAAUGCUUGAAUGAAUACGUCACCAAUGAAUUCGACGACAACACCGAAAAAGCCAGAAACGCGUUCAAAGUUAUGGGAAGUCUAUUCAAAAUCAUUGUUGCCUCGAGAAAAUGUGGAAUUCGAUUUGGAGAUUGUGAAAAUUUCGAGAAAAGAUACAAAGAAUAUUUGAGAGAAUUAAUGAAAUCAAUGGUUAUUCUGAUGGGUGAAAAAGAAUCGAAAAAGAUGACAAUUCAGAAUACAUGCCUCAAAAAUAUUCCGCAAAUUAUUGAUUUGAUUUAUGAAAGUGAAUCAAGUUCAGCCGAUGUUUUGUGCGGUUUCAUUUUGGAUUUGAUGAAGAAUUUUGGCGCGAAUAUUGUGACUAGAGAACGACUUGGUUUUAUCGCGCAAAUUGUGGAAACUCGCUUUUUUUCGCUGGCAAUUUGCAGGGAUUUGCUGCUGAUGCCAUGCGCGAAAAUUGGACUGGAAAUUAUUGAACUCGAUAAUUUGGCGAUUGAAAAAGGAGAAUUUGCGGAUCGGGCUGCGGAAUUUGCGAGUGUUGUUGCGGCGAUUCUCGAAAGGCUUUUUAAUGAAUCGAUGAAGACGGAGACGGGAGAAAGAGAGUUGACUGAGUUUAUUUUGGCGGUUUAUCGGCCACUUGUUCAAGCGAUGAUUAGAGUUAUUCAUGAUGAUAAGCAUACGGUAAGUUGGAUUCGGAAAGUAGACAUGUUGGCCAGUUUCUGACCAAAAAUGCACCAAUUUUGGUCGAAAUUUGAAGAAAAUUCGGCCAAUCUGAGCAAUUUUGACCAGAAAAAUUUGGAAAAAUUUUGGGCUAAAAAUUGUUUUUGACCAAAAAUGAACCAAUUUGUUUUUUUUUCGGUCGAAAGUUGAUUUUUGGCCUAUUUCUGAGCAAUUUUGAUCAAAAAUGCGCCAAUUUUUCAAGUGAAAUUUAAAAUCUUUAAAAAAUCAGAAAAAAAUACGUUUCAUAAUUUUUCUACAGUAUACCUUGUAGUUUGAGGUACAGUAAUCCUUGCAGCCCAGACGCCACAGUAACCCUGAGGCUCAGUAAACUUCUAGGUACAGUAACCCUCGGGCUACAGUAAUCCUUGCAGUCAAACUGAAUGAAAAUUUGAAAUUUCAUUAUAAAAAUAUAAAUUUUAAAAAUUUUCAGCCAGAAAUUUUUUAAAUCUAAUUAAAAAUUCCAAAAUUUAAAUUUUUUAAUUUAUUGAGGAUUGCUCAUUUUAAUCCAUAAAAUGAGCAAUUAUCAGAAGUUUGGAGAUUGCUCAUUUUAAUUAUUUUUUUUUAAAUUCAAAUUUUCUAAUCAAAAUGAAUGAAAAUUUAAUUUAAAAAGUUUCAGCCAGAUUUUUUUUAAAAUUUAAAAUUCCAAAAUUUUUGAGGAUUGCUCAUUUUAAUCCAUAAAAUGAGCAAUUAUCGGAAAUUUGGAGAUUGCUCAUUUUAAUUAUUUUUUUUAAAGAAAAAAUUCAAAUUUUCUUUUUUUUUUCUAAUUAAACUGAAUGAAAAUCUAAAAUUUCAUAAUAAAAAUAUAAUUUUUAAAAAGUUUCAGCCAGAAUUUUUUUUUAUUUUAUUAAAAAUUCCAAAAUUUAAAUUUGAAAAGAAAGUUUCUUGAAACAUUUUAAUCUUUUGGUUGCUCAUUUUAAUCCAUAAAAUGAGCAAUAAUCGGAUUUGCUCAUUUCAAAUACAAUUCCAGGACGACGAUGCUCGCGGUCAUUUCUUCUCCGUCAUCCUUGCACUCCUGGAUAAAAUGUCUGCACAAAUGUUCGACAAAUAUGUCGAAUUGCGACCAUUCGAUGUGGAUAAACGUGAUUUUCUCAUCGAAAUGUCGCAAAUGAUUCGAGAUUUAUUGAAUCGCACCGCAUUUCCGGCAACUUGGAAAGAUAUGCUUAUUUUGCAGAAUAAGUGAGUUGUUUUUAAUAUGAGCAAUGUAUUUUCGAAUAAAAAAAAUUUGAAAAUUCCAAUUUUUCUAGAAAUUUGAACAUUUUUUUUUCAAUUUUUCAAUUAAAAUUUUGAAAAAUGCAUUUUUUGAAUAAAAAUAAUUUGAAAAUUCCUAUUUUCCCAGAAAUUUGAAUUUUUCUAAUAUGAGCAAUACUAUUAAUUUUCGAAAAAUCCCAAAAAUUCAAAUUUUUCUUGAAUUUUCUCAUAUGAGCAAUAGAAUUUCAGCUUUAACGUGGCAAAUUUUGGAAAUUUAAUGAUUAAUAUGAGCAAUGCUAUUAAUUUUGCUAAAAAAAAUACCAGAAAAUUCAAAUUUUUCUUGAACGAUAUGACGUGGCAAAUUUGGAGAAUUUUACAAAAAACUUAACUUCAUUUGAAUUUUUAAUAUGAGCAAUGCUAUCAAUUCUUUGAAAAAUCCCAUUUUUUCUAUGUGUAAACAAACAAAACAUGGUUUUCCCCCCACGAAAAAUCAAUAGAUCAAACAAUAUUUUUUUUUCUCGCAGAGUUAUCCAUAAAGCACUGCGCUUCGUAAUGUCGGCAGUUCAAAAAUAUUUCGCCGACGACAAAUUCUGUCCCGAAGUCUGGUAUGAAUAUAUGAUGACUGUUGUUUCGUUUGUCACACAAGAAGGAUUGAAUUCGCGGCAUGAAUGGGUCAAACAUCAGGAUGAGGAUACGCGAGUGCAGUUGAGAAAAGGAGCGGCGAAGGAUUUGAGAAGCAUGUGGUUUGGAUUGAGUUGUGAGUGUUUUUUUUGGGUUUUUGGGCUCGAAAUGCUCCAAAUUCCACGCGAAUUCUGAAAAUUCUCGAAAUUUGGAGCAUUUUGACAUCAAAUACAACCAUAUUUGGGCUCGAAAUGCUCCAAAUUCCACGUGGAUUCUGAAAAUCCCCGAAAUUUGGAGCAUUUUGACAUCAAACACUACCAUAUUUGGGCUCAAAAUGCUCCAAAUUCCACGUGGAUUAUGAAAAUCCUCGAAAUUUGGAGCAUUUUGACAUCAAACACAACCAUAGUUGGGCUCGAAAUGCUCCAAAUUCCACGUGGAUUCUGAAAAUUCUCGAAAUUUGGAGCAUUUUGACAUCAAACACAACCAAAUUUGGGCUCGAAAUGCUCCAAAUUCCACGUGGAUUCUGAAAAUCCACGAAAUUUGGAGCAUUUUGACAUCAAACACAACCAUAUUUGGGCUCGAAAUGCUCCAAAUUCCACGUGGAUUCUGAAAAUUCUCGAAAUUUGGAGCAUUUUGACAUCAAACACAACCAUAUUUGGGCUCGAAAUGCUCCAAAUUCCACGUGGAUUCUGAAAAUCCUCGAAAUUUGGAGCAUUUUGACAUCAAACACAACCAUAUUUGGGCUCAAAAUGCUCCAAAUUCCACGUGGAUUUUGAGAAUCCUCGAAAUUUGGAGCAUUUUGACAUCAAACACAACCAUAUUUGGGCUCGAAAUGCUCCAAAUUUCACGUGGAUUCUGAAAAUCCCCGAAAUUUGGAGCAUUUUGACAUCAAACACAACCAUAUUUGGGCUCGAAAUGCUCCAAAUUCCACGUGGAUUCUGAAAAUCCCCGAAAUUUGGAGCAUUUUGACAUCAAACACAACCAUAUUUGGGCUCGAAAUGCUCCAAAUUCCACGUGGAUUCUGAAAAUCCCCGAAAUUUGGAGCAUUUUGACAUCAAACACAACCAUAUUUGGGCUCGAAAUGCUCCAAAUUCCACGUGGAUUCUGAAAAUUCUCUGCAUUUUUGGUCAAAAAUUGGUCAAACUUUUUUUUUUGAAAAAUCAAGUUUUAUUCAAAAUUUGGUCAGGAAAAAGAAAAAAAUGUCAAUUUUUCACCCAAAAAAAAUAAUUUGUGCAUUUUUGCUCAAAAAUUGGCUUCUUCUGAUUUUCUGAAAACUUGGUGCUGAAUUCUAGACUUAUUUUUGGGGAAAUUUAGAGAAUUGGACCAGGCUUUUUAGAAUUUUGACUAGAAAAUUUUUAAAAUUUCAGCAAUUAGUUUUCAGAAAAUCAAAAGAAACUUGACAAAUAAAAAAAAAUUUCAAAAAACAUUUCAAAAAAAAAAUUUAAAAAUUGACCGAAUUUUACCAAGUUUGGAACCAAAUUUUGAUUAAAAUUUGACUUUCAAAAACAAAAAGCUUAUCCAAUUUUUUACCAAAAAUUCACAACUUUCUUUUUUUGGUCAAAAAUUCACAGAAAAAAUCAGAAAAAUCUUGAAAUUUAAAAAAAAAAAUUCAAAAAAAAUUUCAAAAAAAAAAUUCAAAAAUUGUCCGAAAAUUGGCCAAUUUUUUACCAAAAAUUCACAACUUUCUUUUUUUUGGUCAAAAAAUGACCAAAAUUUGGCCAAAAAUUCACAGAAAAAAUCAGAAAAAUCUUGAAAUUUAAAAAAAAAAUUCAAAAAAAAUUUUUUCAAAACAAUUAGAAGAAUUGAUUUUCUCUCCAAAAUUUACAGAAAAAUCAGAAGAAACUUGACAAAUUGGAAAAAAUUACAAAAAAUAAAUUUCAAUUUUUUUUGGAACCAAAUUUAGCCCUCAACAAUUUUUCUGCCCCUUACAGUAUCCCAAAAACUUCUCUACAUUCCAAGUAUGGUCGGAUCAUUUAUGAAAGUCUCAUUAGUUGAUGACGAUGAAACUCGAGAUGCAACAAUUCCAAUUUUCUUCGAUAUGAUGCAAUCCGAAUUUAAUACAAGUAAAGCGGGAAGUUUCAAUAAAUUCGCAUCGGAACUCGUUUCACAAUUGGACACUUUGGUUGGAGAACAUAGUGCGACCAAGGCUUUCAAGGAACAAUUUAGACAAUUGUCUUUGAAACUUUGCCAGUGGGUUUUUGGGGGGGGGGGGGGAAAUAAUCGAAAAAAUUUUCAAAACAUUUUUUUUUGGAUUUUCAAUACGAAUUUCAAUUUUUGUGAAAUAUUAGCAAAAAUAAAUUGAAACCAAAGUUUUUCUGCAAUUUUUCGGCUCAUUUUCAGCUAAAAACUAUUUGAAAAUCUGAAUUUUUGAUGAAUUUUCAGCUGAAAAUUGCUGUCUAGUUGCAGAAACGAAAAAAUUUCAAUUUUCUUUCAGAAUUUUUUUUCGGAUUUUCCUCCUCGAAAUCUUUUUCUAGUUUUUCAGCUCGAAUUUUCAUUUUCACCGACUUUUUUUAACCAAAAAAAAAUGAAUUUCAAUUUUUGUGAAAUAUUAGCGAAAUAUAAAUUGCAACUAAAAUUUAAAAUUGGGAAAAUUCUUUUUGUAAAAAAUUUGGAUUCUGGCGCGAAAUUCAAAAAUUCGAAAUUUUCCGGCUAAUUUUCAAGGCGCGAAAUUCAAAAUUCCAAAUUUUCCGCUCAAAUUUUCAAGGCGCGAAUUUCGAAGAUUCAAAUUUCGAAGUUAAUUUUUCUGGCGGGAAAUUUAAAAAUUCGAAGUUUUCAGCUCAAAUUUUCAAGGCGGGAAAUUUCCAAGAUUCAAAUUUCCAGCUUGAUUUUCCAAAGCGCGAAAUUAAAAAAAUUCAAAUUUUCAGCUCAAAUUUUCAAGGCGCGAAGUUUGAAAAUUCAAAUUUUCCGGCUAAUUUUUUUCUGGCGGGAAAUUUGAAAAUUCAAAUUUUCCGGCUGAUUUUUUCUGGCGGGAAAUUCAAAAAUUCGAAAUUUUCCGGCUAUUUUUUUCUCGCGGGAAAUUCAAAAAUUCAAAUUUUCGGCUCAAAGAAAAUGUUUCCAUAAUUAUUUCCAGGUAUUCUUAGAAUCCCGCCAAAAUUCUAAUUGAUUUAAAAAUGUUUUUUUUUAAUUUCGUAGUCAAAUUUCCAGAUUCCUCAAAAUUUUGUUUAAAAAAUUAUUGAUUUUUUUCCCGCUCAAUUCUGGUGUCAAAUUGACGCAAAUUCUUAACUCCAAUAUUUUUCCACGUGAAUUUCGCCACGUCAUAACAUAACUCAUAUUAGGAGUUGAGAAUUGCAGUUUUUGACAUAAAAAAUCCCAAAAAAUCGUCAUGUUCCUUUAAGAUCCGACAAAGAAUUGAUGUCAAAUGGAGGAGAGGAACUAAUCGAAAGAAUCGAUCGACUUUUGACAUUGCUCAUUGAAUAUUAUGAAGUUGCGACAAAUACAGAAUGUGUGGAUAAUUUGAUGAGUCGAAUUGUUCAACUUAUGGUAACUUUUUCACCUGAUUUUGGUCCAAAACCUUCCGAAAUUCCCUUUUUCAGAGAUAUUACGAUCAAUAUAAUCAUGAGGAACUUUAUGUGAAAUAUAUCUACAAAUUGUACACGCUUCACAUGUCUUAUGGGAAUAAUAUUGAAGCGGCUAAGAGUUUGUUGAGGCAUUCGAAUAUGAUUAAGGUGAGUGAAGUUAGGAUAAGUUGAGAAAAUGUGGAAAAAAACCCGAUUUUUCCACGCAAAAAUGUUGAAAAAUGGGGAAAAAUGGGGAAAAAUCAUAGUUUUUUGACAUUUUUUUUAAUCGAAAAUUUUUUUUUGUCAAAAAUUUUAAAUUAAUUUUUAAAUUAAAAAAAUUAAAAAUGGAAAAAAAUUUUAUUUGUUAAAAAAAUUUAAAAAAAAAAUUAAAAUGUAAAAAAAACCCUAUUUUUCCACACAAAAAUGAAAAAUAUAGUUUUUUUCACAAAAAAAUUUAAAAAAAAGGAAUUUUUGCAAUUUUAAAUUUUGGUUUCAAUAAAAUUGAAAUUCCUAUUUUUUUGGUUCAAAAAAAGUCGCUGAAAAUGAAUUUCGAGCGGAAAAAACUAGAAAAAAAGAUUUCGAGGAGGAAAAUUCGAAAAAAAAAAUUUUUAAGCGAAAAAUUUGAAUUUUUGAAUUUUCGCGCCAGCAAAAUUAGGCGGAAAGUUUGAAUUUUCAAAUUUCCCGCCUUGAAAAUUUGAACCGAAAAUUUGAAUUUUUUGAAUUUCUCGCCAGCAAAAUAAGGCGGAAAAUUUGAAUUUUUGAAUUUCCCGCCUUGAAAAUUUGAGCGGAAAAUUUGAAUUUUCAAAUUUCCCGCCUUGAAAAUUUGAGCGGAAAAUUUGAAUUUUCAAAUUUCCCGCCUUGAAAAUUUGAGCAACAAAUUUGAAUUUUUGAAUUUCGCGCCUUGAAAAUUUGAGCCGAAAAUUUGAAUUUUUGAAUUUCCCGCAAGAAAACAUUAAGCGGAAAAUUUGAAUUUUCAAAUUUCCCGCCAGCAAAAUUAGGCGGAAAAUUCUAAUUUCGAAAUUUGUCACGUCAUAACUCAUCUUGAGACCAAAAAUUCAGAUUUUCAAGGUUUUUUAGCUGAAAAAUUCCAAAAAAACUAGAAAAUUUACAGUUUGACAAUACAAAAUUGCCUGAUUGGUUGGAGAAACGGAAUCUUCAUCGAGGAUCACAAACACAUCAGGAAUUGAAGGAGAAACUUCUACAAGAAGCUGGAAGUUUGUUUAGUCAAGGAGAAGAUUGGGAAGAUGCGAUAAGUGUUUUGAGUGAAUUAGUGCCUGUUUAUGAGAAUGUGAUGAUUGAUUAUGCGAAAUUGGCGGAUUUGAUGCAGAAAAUUGCGAAAUUAUAUACGAGUAUUGAUACGAAUCAACGUGUAUUCUUCUAUUAUUAUUUGGUCGCGUUUUAUGGAAAAGGAUUUCCGGAUUAUUUGAAUGGACAUAAGUUGGUUUUUGGUUUUUUGUUCUGGGGAAAAUGGGAGAUUUUUGAGAAUUUUUGGCCAAAUUUUGAAGUUUUCCGCGUUUUUUUCCACAAAAAUUCAUAUUUUUGGAUCAAAAUUUGAAAAAAUUAUAACCGGAGCUUUAAUUAAUAAUUUUGGAGAAUUUUUUUGCCAAAUUUUGAAAAAGCGAAUUUUUAAAAAAAAUUUUGGGUUAAAAAUUUGAAAAAUAUACAAUUUCGGGAAUUUAAAAAAAAAAUAAUUUUGGAGAAUUUUUGGCCAAAUUUUGUAAUAGCGAGUUUUUAGAAUUUUUUAGGGGUUCUGGGUUGGAAAAAUUUGAAAAAUAUAAAAUUUCGGAAAUUUUUUAUUAAUAAUUUUGGAGAAUUUUUUGCCAAAUUUUGAAACAACGAAUUUUUCUAAUUAUUUUUGGGCGGUUUUGAGUUGAAAAUUUGAAAAAAAAUAAAAUAUCGGAAAUUUUUUAUUAAUAAUUUUGGAGAAUUUUUUCGCCAAAUUUUGAAACAACGAAUUUUUCUAAUUAUUUUUGGGCGGUUUUGAGUUGAAAAUUUGAAAAAAAAUAAAAUAUCGGAAAUUUUUUAUUAAUAAUUUUGGAGAAUUUUUUCGCCAAAUUUUGAAACAGCGAAUUUUUAGAACUUUUUUUGAGUUGAAAAUUUGAAAUAUAUAAAAUUUCGGGAAUUUUUUAUUAAUAAUUUUGGAGAAUUUUUUGCCAAAUUUUGAAACAACGAAUUUUUCUAAUUAUUUUUGGGCGGUUUUGAGUUGAAAAUUUGAAAAAAAAUAAAAUAUCGGAAAUUUUUUAUUAAUAAUUUUGGAGAAUUUUUUGCCAAAUUUUGAAACAACGAAUUUUUCUAAUUAUUUUUGGGCGGUUUUGAGUUGAAAAUUUGAAAAAAAAUAAAAUAUCGGAAAUUUUUUAUUAAUAAUUUUGGAGAAUUUUUUGCCAAAUUUUGAAACAACGAAUUUUUCUAAUUAUUUUUGGGCGGUUUUGAGUUGAAAAUUUGAAAAAAAAUAAAAUAUCGGAAAUUUUUUAUUAAUAAUUUUGGAGAAUUUUUUCGCCAAAUUUUGAAACAACGAAUUUUUCUAAUUAUUUUUGGGCGGUUUUGAGUUGAAAAUUUGAAAAAAAAUAAAAUAUCGGAAAUUUUUUAUUAAUAAUUUUGGAGAAUUUUUUCGCCAAAUUUUGAAACAGCCAAUUUUUAGAACUUUUUUGAGUUGAAAAUUUGAAAUAUAUAAAAUUUCGGGAAUUUUUUAUUAAUAAUUUUGGAGAAUUUUUUGCCAAAUUUUGAAACAACGAAUUUUUCUAAUUAUUUUUGGGCGGUUUUGAGUUGAAAAUUUGAAAAAAAAUAAAAUAUCGGAAAUUUUUUAUUAAUAAUUUUGGAGAAUUUUUUGCCAAAUUUUGAAACAACGAAUUUUUAGAACUUUUUUUGGGCGGUUUUAGGUUGAAAAUUUGAAAAAUAAAAUUUUGUUCAGAACUUCAAUUAAUAAUUUUGGAGAAUUUUUUUGCCAAGUUUUGAAAGAGCGAAUUUUUCAAAUUAUUUUUGAGGGAUUUUGGGUUGGAAAUUUGAAAUAUAUAAAAUUUUGGGAAUUUUUUAUUAAUAAUUUUGAAGAAUUUUUUUCGCCAAAUUUUGAAAUAGCGAAUUUUUAAAUUUUUUUUUGGGUUGAAAAUUUGAAAAAUAUAAAAUUUUUUAAAAAUAAUUUUGAAGCUUUCCGCGUUUUUUUUCCACAAAAAUUGACAUUUUUGGAUCAAAAUUCAAAAUUUCCGCACGAAAAAUCAUAAAAAUCAAGUAGAGGCGCCUAGAAAACCUAGUUGUCAAGGAGCCGCGCUUAGAGAUCCACCUUGACAAGAUGACGCGUCUUAAGAGCUUAGUUUUUAAGGAGCCGAGCCUUGAGAUCCACUCUGGUAAGGGGCCGCGCCUUGAGAUCCUAGUUUUCAAGUAGCUGAUCCUAGAAAACCUAGUUGUCAAGGAUCAGCGCCUAGAGAAUCUAGUUUUCAAGGAUAUGCGCUUAGAAGACCUAGUUGUCAAGUAUCAGCGCUUAUAGAGCCCUCUCCUCAAGUAGUCGGGCCUAGAGAAUCUAAUUAACAAGGACCCACACCUAGAGAUCCACUCUGGCAAGGAGCCGAGCCUACAAAUUCCAGUUUUCAAGUAGAAGAGCCUAGAUAACCUAGUUGUCAAGCAGCCGCGCCUAGAGAUCCUAAUUUUCAAGCAGCAGUGCCUAGAGAGCCUAGUUGUCAAGGAUCAGCGCCUAGAGAGGCUAGUUUACAAGUAGCCGAGCCUAGUGAACCUAUUUGUCAAGGAUCCGCGCCUUGAGAUCCUCUCUGGCAAAGAGCCGAGCCUUGAAAUACCAGUUGUCUAGUAGCCGCUCCUACAAAUCCUAAUUUUCAAGCAUCAGCGCCUUGAGGAUCUAGUUGUCAAGUAGCCGCAGCUUGACAUCCACUCUGACAAGGAGGCUCAUCUAGAGAUCCACCUUGACAAGGAGCCGAGCCUACAAAAUCCAGUUUUCAAGCAUCAGUGCCUAGAGAGCCUAGUUUUCAAGGACCCGCCCCUAUAGAUCCACUCUGGCUAGGAUCAGCCCCUUAAGAGCUUCUAUGUAAAGUAGCCGAUCCCAGAGAACCUUCUUCUCAAGUAGCCGCGCCUUGAGAAUCUAAAAAUCAAGUGUCCGAGCCUUCAGAGCUCCCAAAAUACUCAUCUUUUUUUCAGAUUCAUAUUCCACAGUGACAAAUCCGAAAUGCACGGCGACUUCACUCAAAGAAUCAUGAAAAUGUACGAGAAUCCGACGAAAAUCAUGAACACCGAUGAUAAUUCAAAUUUGAUAAAUUCACCCGGAAAAUUCAUCCAAGUUUUCAACGUCGAACCGGUUAUUGAGAAUUUGAGAUUUGAAAAUAAUCCGAGUAUCAAUCCACUUGUCAAAUUGUAUCAUAGGAAGUAUAAUGUAAGUCGAAAAAAAAUUUAAAAAAAAAACAAAAAAUUUCGAUUCAGAAAAUGUCAAAAAACUAUAUUUUUUUUCGAAAUUUUUGCCAAGAAAUGUAUUUUUUUAUUAUUUUUUUUUUGAGAGGAAAAAAUGCCUUUUUUUUGUAGAUCAAAACAUUUGAGCAUAGCAAAAUGGAGGAGAGAAAAGAAACAAAAUGGACAAAUCUUGAAGGACAUUCGGAAUUUAUGAGAAAUUGGUUGGUGAAAAGGCGACUGGAAGUUGCUGAAAGUCUACCAGCUGAUUUGACAUUCUCGGAAAUUAUCAAACAACCCGAGCCGAUUUAUGUUAGCCCGUUGCAAUAUGCUGUGGAACAGAUGAGGAAGAAGAAUAAGGUGAGGGCUUUUAAUAUGAGCAAUGGUAGUAAAUUUGGAGAAUUUAGAAGAAUUUUGAAUUUUUCUUGAAGUUUUUUCGAAAAAUUCCAGAUUAUUCAAAUUUUUAUGGAACUUUUUAAUAUGAGCAAUUCUAUGAAUUUCGGAGAACUUACAAGAAUUUUGACUAUAGUUGAAUGGUUAAUAUGAGCAAUGCAUUCGAAAAUUCCCAGAAAUUAUUUUUGUUUAAUAUGAGCAAUCCAUAGAAAACCUUUGAAAAAUCCCAGAAAUUAUUGUUUUUGAUUUUUUUUAUAUGAGCUAUGACGUGGCAAAAAUUUGGGAAAUUUGAUUUUUAAUAUGAGCAAUGUUAUUGAAUUUGGGGAAUUUUGAAGAAUUUUGAGUGUAAUUGAAUGUUUAAUAUGAGCAAUGCUUUGAAAAUGGCGGAAAAUCCCAGAAAUUUGAAUUUUUUUAAAUAUGAGCAAUGGAAGGAGAAUUUUAAAAAAUCCUAACAAAAUUUUGAAAAUUUUUGAAAAAUCUGGAAAAUUAUUAAAAAAAAUUUUUUUAAUGAGCAAUGCUUUAAAAAAUUCCAGAAUUGUUGAUUUUUAAUAUGAGCAAUGCUAUCAAUUUUUUGAAAAAAACCCAGAAAAUUCAAAUUUUAAGAUGAGCAAUGCUAUGAAUUUUAAGAAUUGAAUGUUUAAUAUGAGCAAUUAAUUCGAAAAAUGCCAGAAAUUUAAAAGUUUUAUGGAUUUUCAUGGAAAUUUGAUUUUUAAUAUGAGCAAUUCUAUCAAUUUUUUGAAAAAUCCCAGAAAAUUCCAAAUUUUACUUGACUUUUUUAAUAUGAGCAAUUAACAUGAGUUAUGACGUGGCAAAUUUGGGAAAUUUGAUUUUUAAAAUGAGCAAUGCUUUGAAAAAUCCCAGAAAUUCUAUUUUUGUUUGAUUUUUUUUAAUAUGAGCAAUGCAUUCGAAAAUGCUGGAAAAUUCAAAUUUUUCUUGUUUUUUUUAAUAUGAGCAAUGAAUAUGAGUUAUGACGUGGCAAAAAAUAGGCAAAUUUGAUUUUUAAUAUGAGCAAUUCUGUCAAUUUUUUGAAAAAUCCCAGAAAAUUCAAAUUUCUCUUGAUUUUUUUAAUAUGAGCAAUGAAUAUGAGUUAUGACGUGGCAAAAAAUAGGCAAAUUUGAUUUUUAAUAUGAGCAAUUCUGUCAAUUUUUUGAAAAAUCCCAGAAAAUUCAAAUUUCUCUUGAUUUUUUUAAUAUGAGCAAUGAAUAUUAGUUAUGACGUGGCAAAAAUUAGGAAAAUUUGAAUUUUAAUAUGAGCAAUCCAUAGAAAACCUUUGAAAAAUCCCCAAAAAUUUAUUUUCAAUUUUUUUGACGAAAUUUUGAAACAGUGAAGUUUUUGUUAACCAAAUAAUCUAGAAAUUCAAAUUUUUCCAGAAAUUUGAAUUUUUCUAAUAUGAGCAAUGUAAAUUUUAGAGAAUUUUCAUUAAAAAUGGAAAAAAAUUCUGAAAUUCAAAAUAUUUCAGUCAAAAAUUAUUGAUUUUUAAUAUGAGCAAUCCCUAGAAAACCUUUGAAAAAUCCCAAAAAAUUGAAUUUUUCUAAUAUGAGCAAUGCAUAAAGUAAAUUUUUUGAUGAAAAUUUGAAAUUUCCGGCCAAAAAAAAUCAAAUUUUUUUCAGGAACUCAGCGAAAUGGCCACUACCGUAGAAUAUAAUCCAAAAUAUGAUCUGAAACUUUUGAGUCGCGAUAUUCUUGGAGUUUCAAAUGCUUCUGUAAUGGGAGGAGUCAAGAAUUACGAAAUAUUUUUCACAGAUGAAUGUCGAAAUAUUUGUGAAUGUGGAGAACAAUCAGUUAUAAUGGAAUUGAGUUCGUUAAUAAUUGAACAAGUCGAAAUAUUGGAAUAUUGUUGCUAUAUUCAUUCGAUUCGAUGUUCGACUGAAGAUUCGAGACAAAUUAAUGAAAUGAUGGCGGAUGCUUUUGAUCGACAUAAGAAUUAUGUGGAAAAGACUUUUGGAAAUAUUGUGAGCUCUUUUUUUUUUUUUUUUUGAAAAAUUGGUGCUUUUUGACCAAAUUUUGAUCAAAAACAUGGUUUUUGGCCAAAAGUUGUACAAAAUUGUUGAAAAAUUAACGAAAAAGCUCAGAUCUGGCCAAUUUUUGACCAAAAACAUGUUUUUGGCCAGAUUUUUAUCAAAAUAGGCCAAAAAUUGACCAAGAACAUGUUUUUGGCCAAAGUUUGACCAAUUUUUGAUCGAAAAUCCACUGUUUUGGCCAGAUUUUGAACACAAUUGGUCAGAAAUUGGCCAAAAAGCUCAGAUUUGGCCAAUUUUUGACCAAAAACAUGUUUUUGGCCAAAAUUUGACCAGAUUUUGAACAAAAUUAGCUAAAAAUUAGCCAAUAAGCUUUGAUUUGGCCAAUUUUUGGUCAAAAAAAACGAAUUUCUGAAUUUCUGACUAAUAACAUGUUUUUGGCCAAAAGUUGACCAUUUUUUGACCAAAAUCCACUGUUUUGGCCAGAUUCUGAAAAAAAUUAGCUAAAAAUUGACCAAAAAGCACCGAUUGGCCAAUUUUUGGUCAAAAAAUGGUCAAAUUUAUGAAUAUCUGUGUUUGCGCGUGCGGUCGCGUCGCGGUCCGUUAAAAAUCACAAAAAACGGCUAUUUCCAAGCCUGAAAAACCUAUAAUAUUCAAUUUUGUUCAGAAAAAACGAUUUUUGUUCGACCGCAACGCGACCGCCCGCGCAUACACAGAUAUUAGGUAAUUUUCGACAGCCGAAAAGUUCUGGCAAUUUUGCCACGUCAUAACUAUAUUUUUUUGAGCGAAUGACUUCCAGCAAGAUUUUCAGAUUGAUAAAAAUCAGCGAAUGUUUUUCCAGAGAUCUCGAUUGCCACCUGGAACAUCAAUCAGAAGAAGAUCGAGUUUUCAUGAUUCGAAUCUGGAUUUAAAUACAUCAAUGGGAGAUGUUAGUGGAAUGUCGACGAUAAAAUCGACAAGAGCCGCGGUUAAGAAUUUGUUGUCGUCGAAUAAACGAAGUAGUGGAAAUGUGCAAAUGAUUCUUCAGUGAGUUUUGGGGGGAUUUUUUGAAAUUUGGUCAUUUUUAAUCAAAAAUUGGCCAUUUUUUUCAAAAUUUGGUCAUUUUUAAUAAAAAAUUGGGCAUUUUUUUUUCAAAAUUUGGCCAUUUUUAAUCAAUCUACUGUUUUGGCUGAAUUUUUUUUUGAAAUUUUGAUCCAAAAAUUGACCAAGUUCCAGAUUUUUUCUGAAAAUCAACUAAAAGCUUGAAAUCUUGAAAUAUUGAAAGAUUGCUCAUUCAAAUUUCCCCGGUAAAAUUUGGAAUUUUUAAAUUAUUUAUUAAAAUUUUCACUGUUUCAAAAUUUUUAGCUGAAAAAAAAAGGAAUUUUUUCCGAAAGUUUUUAAAGGCAUUGCUCAUAUUAAAAUUUUUUUAGAAUCUUAAUAUGAGCAAUGUAUCAAAAUUGUGGAAGAUUUUGAAUUAAAAAAAUUAUUUUCAAUAAAAAAUUCAUGGUUCAACAUUUCUGGAAUUUUUUGAAGAAUUUGAUAUACAUUGCUCAUAUUAAACAAUAUUCAAAUUUCCCCGGUAAAAUUUGAAUUUUUGAAUUAUUUUAUUAAAAAUUUCACUGUUUCAAAUUUUAUUUGUUUUUAAAAAAAGUUGAAAAAAACGCAUUUUUUUGGUUUUUUUCGAAAAUUCAUAUGCAUUGCUCAUAUUAAACAUCAAAAUAUCCAAGAUUUUCUAAAAUUCUUCCAAAAGAUAUACAUUGCUCAUAUUAAAAUCGUAAUAUCUUUCCAGAAGUCGAUCAAUGUCAGCAUCUCAAACACCAACCUUCGACAACAUUUCAUCAGCAUUUCGUUCCUCGUUUGGCGCCACAAAAAUGGCCAAAUCAGCUCCUCCACCUCCUCCUCCACCACAAUCCGAAUCACCUGCACCAAGUGUUUCACCAAUCAGUUUUGAUGGAAUUCGAAUGCGUCCACAUCUGGCGUCUCAAACCUCAUUGAUUUCUUAUGGAUGUCCACCGCCACUUCCUCCGAGAGAGGAAAUUGAUCCGAAUCGAACACUUAAACGAAAUCAGAAAAUUUGA